CCCUUCCGCGCGACCUCCCUUCACCACCCACCUUCGCUAUCACGAAGCAACUGUAUCCCGGAUGCGUUUUUGAGCGGCGCUGGCUGCCCAUUUUCUGACAUCGCAAUCGGCGCAAGCCCGCCACUAUGUCGUUCCUGUUUGGAAAGAAGAAUAAGCAACAGCAACAGCAGCAGAAUAAUGCGCUACCGCCAGCCACCCGCGAUAUUUCGUCCUCGCAUGGACCGGGCUCGCAGAUACCCACGGCAAAUGGAUUGAGCGGGCGAGACCCCGAGAAGGGUCGCGGCGUACCACCACCGACCCAAACGCCCACGCCCGGUGCCAGUGUGAACAACUCCCUCAGCUCUCUCCAGAAUCCCGCCACCACGGCGAGCCCUGAGCCCAAGACGCUGAGGGAUAGGGCUGAUUCGGACUACCAGAACCCCCGAAGUGGCCGCAACCCUGGAGACUCGCCUUAUCCCUGGUCCUCGCGACGACUGAACUUUACCACGACCGUAAAUCCCUUCCCCCGAUAUGGCGCCGCAAUCAACGCAACCGCUUCCAAAGAUGGCGUCAUCUAUAUUAUGGGUGGCCUUGUGGGCGGCUCUACAGUCAAAGGGGACCUGUGGUUGACAGAGAUGGGGAAUGGGAGCCUGGCUUGCUAUCCUAUCUCAACCACGGGAGACGGUCCCGGGCCAAGAGUAGGCCACGCGAGCUUGUUGGUCGGGAAUGCCUUCAUCGUUUUUGGAGGAGACACCAAGCUUGACGACAACGAUGACCUCGACGAUACCCUCUAUCUCUUGAACACCUCAACAAAACAUUGGUCGCGCGCUUUGCCCCAAGGGCCCAGGCCCACCGGUCGCUAUGGCCACACUUUGAAUAUCUUAGGUUCCAAGAUUUACAUCUUCGGUGGACAAGUUGAAGGUUUUUUCUUCAAUGAUUUGGUCGCGUUCGAUUUGAAUUCUCUUCAGUCCUCAUCCAGUCGAUGGGAAGUGCUAUUGCCGAAUACAAAAGAUGGAACCCUCUCAUCUCCCCAAGGUCGAGCACCCCCGGCACGUACAAACCAUUCCGUUGUCACUUGGAAUGACAAGCUCUAUCUCUUUGGUGGAACGGACGGUGUCAGCUGGUUUAAUGACGUCUGGACCUACGAACCACGAACGAACGCAUGGAGCGAACUUGACUGCAUAGGCUACAUACCAGUUGCUCGAGAAGGUCACUCUGCUACACUUGUUAACGACACGAUGUACAUUUUCGGAGGACGGACCCAAGAAGGCGUCGACUUGGGUGAUCUUGCUGCGUUUCGAAUAUCUUCUCGUCGAUGGUACAUGUUUCAGAAUAUGGGCCACUCGCCAUCGCCUCGAUCGGGCCACAGCAUGACUGCAUUUGGAAAACAUGUCAUUUGUCUAGCUGGCGAGCCAAGCUCCUCCGCAAGUGACCGAAACGAACUGAGCAUGGCCUACAUCUUGGACACUUCGAAAAUCAGAUAUCCCCCGAACGAAAACGCGCCCAUGCAACCACAGUUGAAUGCCCCCAGGAAAAUGAGCGGGGGUGAUAGGAUCGGCACCGGUAUCCCCCAAGGAAAGCCCGCCUCUCCUCCUACGAGGGAAGGGGUUAUGGCUGGGCCGCAGGUGUCUAGAAGCCCCGAUGCUAUGGCGAAUGGAAUCACAACAGGCGCCGCGGGAUCUAGGCUACCUAGAGCCGCCCCCGGCCAAGCUCCAUCAGGUCCUCCCCCGUUGCAGCAAGCUCCUCAACCGAGGGCAAACGGCGCCGGCACUGCCACCAGCAACGUACGAAGUAAAACGCCUACUAAAGGGGACCGAGGCUUCGGUCCACCGGUGGACACAAGGGCUGCCUCUUUCGAUCGGGAAAACAUGUCCCCGAGCACGAGAGAAAGCCCUUCUACAAACGAAAUCCAAGCGCAAUCUGUCUCUGACAAGACGGUGAAUGGCCCGCGAAAAGGAUCAGAUAUAUCGUCGAUAAGUCAGCAUCAACGAGAUCACAAAGAAUCUAUGGACACAACGAGGUCGGCGAGCGUUGUCUCGCGUAACACAUCGAGGUCGCAUCGGCAACAACAUUCCCUGGAAAGCAUAGAGCAAGGGACGCCAAGACGCUCAAUUGAAGCACAGCAGCGUGUGUUAAGUCGCGAAGGUGACCAUCGACCCGUUGACAGUGGUGUGGGUGCCUCUCCUGCGCUCAGCCAACAGAACGAUGAACUGAUGCGGGAGCUGGAAGCUGCAAGGAGUCGGAAUGCUUGGUACGCCUCAGAGCUUGCCCUUGCCCGCAAGGCAGGGUAUAAUCCGGGUGCUUCAACAAGCCCGAUUCUUGAUGAGCGAGCGGCUGAUGUCUUUGGCGACGAUGACCGACCUCUACUGGAAGCGCUGCUGAAAAUGAAGAAUGAGCUGGAGCGUGUGCAAACUUCCAUAAAGUCCCAACAAGUAGACGCAGCGAAGAGAAUUGCCGAAGUCGAAAGACAAAAGGAAGCCGCGGUCAAUGAAGCUAUCUACGCCAAGGCAAAACUUGCGGCUCACGGGGGUGGCAGUCAAGGUGGCACACCUCAGCCUGAUGGUACUCGUAGUACAGCGACGCCUGAUAUGGACCGCAUCAACGACAUCAACCGGCGCCUCGCUGCCUCUCUAGCUGUACAAAGUGAGCUUUCAGCCAAGCUUGAAAAGCUCAGCCAAGAAGUGGCAAGUGAACGCAGGGCGAAACAGCUCGCAGAAGAUACUGCGGAAGCUGCUCAGAAGCGUGUGCAAGAGCUGGACUCGUCACGGCAGAAGAAUGCCGCUGAGUUCGAGAACUUGCGAGCCGAGCUUCAUGAAGCUCAGAGAGUGGCACGAGAAGCAUCGGCAAAUGCGACGGAGGCUCAGGCUUCCUCCCGCCUUUUGGCCGUUGACAAGAACGAGCUAAGCACGAGGUAUGCGAAGGUGUCAGAACAGUCAAAAAACCAUGCCUCUAUUCUCCAAUCCCUACGUGACGCUGUUUCUGCUUCUUCAGACAAAUCCACAUUAUUGGAAAAGAAGAUCGAGGAAGAGCGAUAUCAACGGGACAACUUAGAGCAGAAGUUAGCACAGUUGCGCUCGGAACACGAAGACCGCACGAUGGAAUUAGAGUCUGCCUCUCGAAAGCUUCGGGAUGCCGAGGAACUUGCAGAAAAGUACGCGGAAGAGGCUCGUCUUCAUCGCCAAGCGGUGCUCUCUGGUCUUGGAAGGUUUGCCGAACGCGAUGAAGAUGAGCACGAGGCCAUGGAUGAGCGGGUCGUUAUUCUUCAACAACAAGUGGAGGCUGCGAAUGCCAUGGUCCGCAAGAAUCAAAGUGCUGCCGACCAGGCAUACGAAAAGCUUCGACGCGCUGAGGAGAGAAUUGCCGGUCUGGAGGCGUAUCAGGAACAAUCCAGUCGCGAAGGCCUCACUAUUCGAAAGCAGCUGCAGCAUGCAAUGCGCGAUAUGCAAGUUUCUGAAGCGGACAAAGCUGAGCUUCACCAGCAAUAUGAACGCCUUCGCCUUGAAAGUAACGCUCUAGAAGUCCAGUUGAAGACUCUCAAGAAUCUUCUUGAGGAGCGUGGUGUCAACCCCGUUGAUGCACGACGCUCACGGGUGUUGGACAGCCCCAGCUCAAGAUUUGGCACCCCCGAGUUGAACCGAGUUCGUGAACUGGAACAGCAAAUCGACGCCAUGAAUAAGGCGCACGAAGAGCUUCGAUCUGUAUUCGAACAGCGAGAGCACGAUGUCAGCAAGGAAUGGGAAGGGAAGUUACAGACCCUCCAUAGCGAUCAUCAAGCUGCCGUCAAAUAUCUUCGAGGCACAGAGAAGAUGCUUUCCAAAAUGAAGCAGGAGCUUGAGCGAUACAAGAACGCCAACACCAAACUGGAGGAAGAGCUUACACAGGCAAGACAAGUUUCCCGAAGCCCAACCAAGGAACAAUCCAGCGAGUGGGCGGCAGAGCGAGACUCACUUCGCUCUGAGUUGUCUCAGGUGCAAGCGAACAUGAAGGCCACAGUUAGUCAACUAGAAACACAACUCUCCACCCUUCAGUCCGAGUUGGCGUCUGCCCGUCAAGAAGCUGAAGCCGCUGCUAAGCACGCUAAGGACUUAGAGUCCUUGGCAGAGCAAUCUCGCACCGACCUGGAAGCCCUUCGGCGUCAGAAUGUAAUUAUCGAAGAACGAGCACGAGAAGCCGAGACCCGCGUGCAAAUGUUCCUCGACCAAUUCGAGAACACGGUUGACAAUUACCGUCGCCAGUCUCAGAUUCCUACUUCCGGUGUCAAUGGAGAAGAUGGUGGACACCGCCAUCAUGCACAUGAUAGUAUCGCUUCUGGUGAUUCCAUGUACAGUGAGAAUGACGACUCGAGCACACCAGAUGCCUCGAGCGCCACAAACGUGCCUGCGACGCGUAACUCGAUGGCUCUUGACAACCUCGCUUCUGAAUUGGAUGCUUUACGAACCCACUGGGAGACCACAAACAAAGCAUAUAGGCUUAGCGACCGCUUCGAUUUUGAGAAGUCUUCUACCAGCGAGAAGAGCGAAUUGAGCGAGUCGCUUGCUCAAUGGCGAAAGCGCAUGGACCUCGAUGAUGAUGAGCAUGAGAAGAGAGAAGAACAGAAGGAGAGAAAAGGCAGCCAGAGCCACCCCUCCGCUGCUCCGUCGACAGUGCCGGCAGGCCCUGGUGGCUCCACGAUGAUCUGAAUGAACAUGGUGUUUAGACCAUCUCGAUUGGACGUUUUGAGUUGGACCCAUGACUAAAAAGGAGAUGUUGAUGAUGCUGCCUCUUGGUUUAUGAACAUCCGUCUUACACUUCUCUUCAUAUGCUAUUUUCUCUCUUUCGACAGGGCUGGCUGGUUUAUUAUCGGCGCUGAAU